UACACACUGUAUGUGCGGAUUAUACUUUAAGGACUUAUUGCUUAACAGUAAGCUGAUUGUGUUAAGUAUACUUCUACGCAGUGACAAUGGAACGGCAUAUCCGACCUCCUCGUAGGGACCCAACAACCUCUGACCUGGAGGCGCCCAGUCCGACAUUUUCAAAUUCUUCCGGUUCAAGUCAGAAACCUGAUUUUCGGUCUUCAGUUGUCGAAACGCCUCGCGUAUUUUCGGCGACAUCGGGUUCAUAUAACAGUCUGCAGUUUCGCGCAGACUUGGACGUGACUGUGGAUUCCCAUAUCACUGAGACGCUAGUAUGCCCGAUUUGCCUCGGAUCGAUGAAUACGCCGAAGACGUUACCAUGCCUCCACAAUGCAUGUAAGAAAUGUCUUCAACAACAUAUUCUUACGCAUUUGAAACAAGAAUUACAAUUGGAAUUGAAUCCAACCACCUUUCCAUGUCCAGUCUGCGAGCGCGAGACUCAGCCACCGGAGAAAAACGUUGGCAUCGAAAAGUGGGCAUCCCUGUUUCCAACGAACUACUUUCUGCACGCGUAUUGCAUGAUCCUUGCCGUCCAAAGGGAGGACGUCGACUGUGAUCCUUGUCUGCGAAGAGGGGAGACAACCCUUGCUACUUGGUGGUGCCGGGAAUGUAGUGAAUAUCAAUGUAACGUAUGCAAAACGGUCCAUGGAGGGUUUAAGAUCUUCAAGGACCACGAUGUCCUAUCGGUAAAGGAGAUAGCGAAAAAUCCACACUUUGCUAUUCCCCGGUACGAACCGUGUCACUUUCACAAAGAAAAGAUCACUCAUUUUUGCCGGGAUCAUCGCGUACCAUGUUGUUCUCAAUGUUUGGUGACUUCUCAUCGGAAAUGUGAUCACGUUGUUACCGUGGAAACUGAAUUUCUGGCUUUAAAAGGAAGAGGGGGUUAUACUAAUCUAGCGGAACUCUUGACAAAAUAUGAAGACAUGGUUUCAGAGCUUAUUGACAGUCGAAAAAAUGUAAUUGAUGAUUUAGAAUCUAAACGAAGAUUGAUUAUUGACCAUGUACAAACAGUUAGAGAGGGGUUUGAAAAUGAAUUGCGCAGACUUGAGAAUAAACUCUUGGAUGAUUUUGAUCGCUUUCAUAUACAGGAAAUGAACAAACUGCAAGCCUUGACUUUGGAUUGCGAAAAUCUUGGGAAGCAGAUCACGAACGCGGUGAAUUUGGUUGAGACAGUCCAACAUUCAGGCAAUGAAGCUAACAUGAUCAAUUUAGUUGAAAACGUGUCUAAGGAAUGUCGAACAUAUGAAAAGAGGCUCCGGGAAAACCAGUCACACUUUGAGCAUGUUGAUUAUGAAUUUCAAGUUGAUCAAGCCAUAGAAAAUGUUCUGAAAACGGCAAAGUCUUUUGGAAACAUCAAUGUUAAACGCUCCAAAAAGAAAUCGGAGAAUAUCGUGAGUGGAGCGAGAAUUGUGCGAAAUAUUGCAAAGGAGAUGCCGCGAUUUCGCGUUUGGAUUGCAGGCGACAGAGGGCGUUGUGGAAUAUCCGGCGGAGUGUACUUCGAUGACGGUCGUAUUCUGUUAGCUGACCAUGACAACUUUAAACUGAAACUGUUUGGAACAGAAGGUCGACUUCUCUGUAAACUGGUACUGAAGAGUAAACCAAGCGAUAUAGCUCUCGUUGAUCCUGAUAAGUUUAUCGCUACCCUUCCGAAUGCGAGUGCAGUCCAGUUCAUAACCAUGAAAGGAAAUCAACUCACAGAAGGAGACUUUGUAAAUACAAAGAGAAUGUAUCACUCGGUGGCGUGCGCGAACGCCAAUAUUUACCUUCUUGGCGCGGUUGGAAUCGCUGUUUGCAGUAAGGAAUCAUGCGCAGAGAUGAACUUCAUCAAGACAAAAUUUCAGUCACCGGCCUUCAUUCAGGCAUCUACCUCGGGAUUUGUGGUGACUGAUCGUGACAAGAAUGCUGUGAAUUUUUUCGCUCUGGGCGGCUGCCUUCUUCACAGAUACACCUCGAAGGAUAUGAUAUGUCCUAGUGGAAUCGAUUUCGAUAGUCAAGGCCAUGCUUUUGUCUGUUGUAAACAGUCCUCCAAUAUUCACCAGUUAAACGAAGACGGGCAAAGAGUCAAAGUCAUUCUUUCCGAGAGGAACAGUAUCGAGCAACCUGAGAUCAUCAAGUUUCAAAAAUUCGGGAACAAGUUUUUCGUCUCUGAGUCGAAAAUCUCUUCUCGAGAUUUUAUACGUAUUUUCAAAUGGAUGUAAAAUAGGUUACAUAACUAACCAAAGUCUGUAGCGAAUUGCAAAUAACUGACAUUUGUACUUGUAUAACUUUCAAAGUCAAACACUCUUCAAUAUAUUAAAAUGUUUUAUGUUCAAAGAACGGCUAGACAUGCCAUGAAAAUCUAAACGAAAGAACAUUCAUAGAAAAGGCUUAGUAACUUGAUUUCCUUUAAAUGCUACAUAAAUUAAUUUUAAUUUCUGUCGAAAAUGAAAUUAAAGCACACGGAGCCUACUGAUAAAUGAUACGUCAUAUUAAUUGGUUUGUUAUUUCAAGUGACUCCAAUCGUUUUAUGUACAUAUACUCGUAUUCUAUUGAAGGGUGUUUACCAGGUACUCAAAAUAUUUUAAGUAAACUUAUAAUCUUUAAUGGCUUAGUUUUGAGAAGAAGAAUAGAUCAUAUGAUUGUAAAUAUUGAAAAAGGAUGAAUGUAUACUGCAUGU